AUCCCACCCCCCACCGAGACCAGCACGCCCGGUGACUCUCGUCUCGUCGGCCAGUGCGUCUCCUCCCCACCAAUCACCCCCGCUUUCUUCCUCCUCCCUCCAACUCCCAAGAGGAGCCUCGGGGUUUCUAGCCGCCGCCCGGCCGCUUCCCGCAAGGCGCUCCCGCGAUUUCUUUUCCCUUUCCGCCGCCGCCUCCUCCACGCAACCGCUUGCUGCUGGCCUCUACUCGGUCCUGCAAGAACCACCGGCACCGGGUUGGAUUCAUUUUCCCUGCCUGCCUGCCUGCCUGCCUUUCUUGUCCAGUUCGCCGGGAGCGAGGAAUCAAUCUUCAUCUGCCGCCGGGAGAGCUAGCUAGGAUAAUACUCCUACACAGGAGGUGGAAUUUGCCUGUGAUUAUUGCAAGAUCUCGCGCCAAGAAGAGGAAGCAGCAACAGCAGCAGGAGCAGAUUCUUCAACAAAGGAGGGAGGCGGAUCGUGGCGGCAUGGGUUCUUGCGAGGAUGUGGGGUACGGCGACGUCUACUCCGUCCCCAACCCGGCGGCUGCCCCCGCCUACGCGCUCGACUUCUCCCUCCACCACCACCACCAGCAGCAGCUCCGGUUCCCCCCUUCUUCAUACGGCUUCCACGGCCUUCCUGCCGCUUCCGCCGCCUAUUACCAGCCGUCUCCGCCGCAGUCGGCGCUGAUUGGCAGCACGCCGAGCCCCGUCUCCACCACCACGGAGCUGGGGAGCCCCGAGGAGGCCUCCGACGACGCCGUGCUCGCCUACAUCAACCAGUUCCUCCUCGAGGACGACGACGACGACGAGUUCUUUGCACCCGCCAGCGAGCCGGCGCGGGACUCGGCGCUCCUCGCCGUCGCUAAGCCCUUCGUCGACAUCAUCGCCGACGCCAAGCCCGCCGCGGCAACGGUGUACCAGGACAGGUCUUGGAUGGAUCCCUGCUGUGCCUUCGCAACGAUGGGAGGAGGGUCCCCUGAUAUGUUCGUCAGCAGCCGACAGAGCUCCUGUCAGUUGGUGCCCUGCGAUUCCGUGAAGGAGGAGGAGGAGUGCGCCGUCCACAAGGGCCGGAAGAACCGCCACGGCGACGACGACCUGGAGCCGGAGGACGAGAGGCGGCGCAAGCAGCUGGCGCUGUCCGAGGAGGAGACCGUCCGGGAGAUGUUCGACAAAGUGCUCCUCUGCAGCGGUGUCAACUGCAUCCUCCAGUCACCACUGCCAGCCGAAGCAGAGAUCAGCAGCGUGUACGUGAAAGGGUCAGGGAACCGGAGAGGCCGCAAGAAGGGCAAGACCGGAGUGCCCACCGUGGAGGAGGAGUCCGUCGAUCUGACAACCCUGCUCAUACACUGCGCCCAGGCCGCGGCUAUCGAUGAUCACCGCGGUUCGGGCGAGCUGCUGAAGCAGAUCAGGCGGCAUUCUUCCCCUCAUGGGGAUGCCGGGCAGAGGCUGGCGCAUUACAUUGCUAAUGGGCUCGAGGCUCGCCUUGCCGGCACCGGUAGCACCGUCUACCGCUCACUUGUUGCACGGCGAACUUCUUCCGCUGACAUGCUGAAAAUAUUCAAGCUGUAUGGGACUGCAUGCCCGUUCAUCAGGAUGUCCAGGUUCUACUCGAAUGAAGCCAUCUUGGAUGCUGCUGCCAAGGGUGUGACAAGCGUGCACAUUGUGGACUAUGGUAUAGACUGGGGCUUCCAAUGGCCAAUCUUCUUGCAGCGGAUCUCCAAGAGAGACGGCGGCCCCCCAAGAAUACGGAUCACCGCCAUCGACUUACCGCAGCCAGGGUUCCGGCCUGCGGAGCGUUUAGAGGCGACAGGCCGGCGGUUACGUGACUACGCCAAGAUGUUUGAUGUUCCCUUUGAGUACCGUGCAAUUGCUGCCAAGUGGGAUGCCAUCCGAGUCGAAGACCUCAGGAUCGACAAGGAUGACCUUCUUAUUGUCAACUGCUUGUUCAGAAUGCGGCACAUGAUGGACGAGACGGUGACCGAUGAGAGCCCGAGGAAGACAGUCUUGAACACGAUCAGGAAGAUGAACCCGCAUCGGUUCAUCCACGCGGUUGUCAAUGGCACCUACAACGCGCCAUUCUUCGUGACGCGCUUCAAGGAGGCUCUCUUCUAUUUCUCCUCGCUCUACGACAUGCUCGAAGCGACCGCACCGCCGGUGGAUGAGCACAGGCAGCUGAUCGAAAGGGAAUACUUCGGACGGGAGCUUCUCAACGUGGUCGCUUGCGAGGGCACGGAGAGGGUCGAGAGGCCGGAGACCUACAAGCAAUGGCAGGUAAGGAACCUCAGGGCAGGGUUCAGGCAGGUGCCUCUGCUUCAAGAGACGGUGAAAAAAGCAAGAUACAAGGUAAUCAAGAGCUAUCACAGGGAUUUCUUCGUCGACGAAGAUAACAAGUGGAUGCUGCAGGGUUGGAAGGGCAGAGUCAUCGGCGCCCUAUCCACAUGGAAACCUAGCUAGAACUUUAGAGACAUGUUGCCUGGUACAUUUCAUCACUUUUUUUUCUGUUCUGUUGUACUAUCUGAUAUUCUGAUGCUUAUGUUGUUGAAUUUUGACCCUUUGUUGGGAGCAGAGUUGAUGGAUAUUUUUGCUAAACUUGACUAGAACAGAAGCUUCUUGCAUAUGUUUUGUACCAAA